AGAAAUCUUAACUGAGAACACAAGAACGCAUCUAAUAAUAUUUACAGAAAAGUAACCCGUGGACACCAUUGGAUUGUUCGCAUGGGUAAAACUAUUUUCAAACACCCGACAGCAUAUUUAGACCUAAGAGUGAAGUUAUUGUAAUUUGACAUUUUACCAUUGCACGCUUUAUUAUUAAGUUCAAAAAACAAUGGCAAACGCUGCAUGACCGCGUUCAUUUCAGCUGUGAUUAAUGGUAGCAAAUUUGCUUCAACAUUCUCAGAUAAAUGUAUACGAUAAUAUAAUAUACUAUUUAUGUUAUGAACGUGCAACACAUAAGUCUCUACAGGCAUCCAAGAUUUAGAUGCACAUAUAAACAUAGAAACACGGUAUUAACUUAGUCAGUAUAAAUGAGCAAUCAUAACGUUGUGAAAUACUUUUGUCGCUAACUGCCUCUAUGUCGCUUGCUUGUUUAGUGUUGGUUUCGUGUCUAUAGACAGUAUAGCUUGAACAACAUUUCCUUAUUUCUACAGUCCAUAUAGGUUCGUCAGAUCAUGUAUAUGUUUGUUUUAACGUCGAUGAUGUGCUCCAACUGAUGAUCACGUAUUCGGUGCCGAAGAAUUUCGAUCAGGAAGCACGUAUGCAGUUACUGUCCAAUGUUUAAUAAAGCAAAGUAGUAAUAACAAAACACAAAUGUCGAAUUUCCUUGUUUCCAUUUUCCCACCAGUCACGUAUAUGCGUGAGGCACAAACAAAGCAUGGCGUAAUAUUACCUCAUAUCACUGGGCAGUAUCGAAACAUUAGUUUACUUCCCUGUAAUAUUCACAUGACACGUAGCAUCAUGAUUGCUGAGUUGCGAGAUUUCAGCGUUUCCUUAAGUAAGCUAUAUAAACCCACGAUUAGCAUACCUAAAUACCAUCGACAUAUACACCGACGUGUGAAUGGCUAAUUGAGGUAGCCUAUGUAAUUCUUCGUAUCCAAUUAUGUUUAUCAUCGCGCUAUGUUUUUAUUUUUGAUAAUAUUGUAAACUAGUUUUGCGUAAUAUAGAAAAUUAGCUUGAACAGGCGCAACUAUUGAAAUGAGAAUUGUUAAUCUGCUUCUGUGCUCAUUGAUUCUGCUCAUCUUUGUGUCCGAAGGGGACGCCUGGCGGCGGCGACAGGGACGACGAUGUGAUACAACGCCCUGCCAGUGGCACUGGGCGUCGUGUUCGGCGCAAUGUGGGGGAGGAAGGCAGUCGGCCGUUUUAACGCGAAGCCAAGGUCAAUGCGGAUCGUGCAACAAACCAUCAAGUUCAAGAUCAUGCAACACGCACUGUUGCGCAGUGAGUUGUCGCUGGGGGUCGUGGUCUGGAUGGGCGAGAUGCUCUCGUAACUGUGGCGGUGGUACGCAAACAAGAUCAAGAGGGUACAGUAGACACGCAAGCUGUGGAGGUUCUUCCUGUGCUGGCCCAAGUAGUCAAUCCAGGUCAUGCAACACUGGCUGUUGCCCUGUUCAUUGCUCGUGGGGCAGUUGGGGUAGAUACGGGUCUUGUUCACGAAAUUGCGGCGGUGGAACUCAAACUAGGUCUCGUAGUGUUGCCGUCCGUUCCAGUUGUGGUGGGUCUGGUUGUUCUGGUUUAAGCACUCAAUCUCAAACGUGCAACACUCAAUGCUGUCCUGUCCAUUGCUCGUGGGGCAGCUGGGGGAGAUACGGGUCUUGCUCACGAAAUUGCGGCGGUGGAACUCAAACUAGGUCUCGUAGUGUUGCCAUUCAAUCGAGUUGUGGCGGUUCUGGCUGUUCUGGUUCAAGCACUCAAUCUCAAACGUGCAACACUCAAUGCUGUCCAAGGCACUGCCAAUGGACUUCUUGGACCGAAUUUAAUUCUUGCUCUGUGUCUUGUGGGGGUGGCAACCAAUCCAGAUCUCGUACUGUUGCCAUUUCUGCUUUCUGUGGUGGUAACUCUUGUGCUGGAGACCCAACAGAUACUAAAGUAUGCAACACCCACUGUUGCCCUGUAAACUGUCAGUGGUCUUCUUGGACCGCAUUUGAUUCUUGCUCUGUGUCUUGUGGUGGUGGAAAUCAAACUAGAUCUCGUAGCUUCGCAAUUUCUGCUUUCUGUGGAGGCAAUUCUUGUGUUGGGGAUCCAACAGAUACUAGAGUAUGCAACACCCACUGUUGUCCUGUGAACUGUCAGUGGUCGUCUUGGAGUCCCUUCAACUCUUGUUCUAUGUCUUGUGGAGGUGGGAAUCAAACUAGAUCUCGUAGCGUUGCUAUUUCCGCUUUCUGUGGAGGAAAUUCUUGUGCUGGGGACCCAACAGAAACUAGAGUAUGCAACACUCAAUGCUGCCCUGUGAAUUGUCAGUGGUCUUCUUGGACCGAAUUUGAUUCUUGUUCUGUUUCUUGUGGAGGUGGGAAUCAAACUAGAUCUCGUAGCGUUGCCGUUUCUGCUUUAUGUGGCGGUAACUCUUGUGCUGGGGACCCAAGAGAUACUAGAGUGUGCAACUCGUUACCUUGUCCCAUACAUUGUGCAUGGGAAAGCUGGGCACAAUGGAAUGAAUGCAAUGUCACAUGUGGAGGGGGAAUGCAGGAACGUAAACGACAAGUAGCAGUUGAGGCAAUGCAUGGAGGUAUUGGUUGCAGUGGAUUCACAUCAGAAAGCAGAUUAUGCAAUGAUAUUUGCUGUCCUGUAGCAUGUGAAUGGGAAGGUUGGGCUUCGUGGGGCAAAUGUUCAAAAUCAUGCGGUGCAGGUUCCCAAGAUAGAAGAAGACAUGUGCUGGUGGAAGAAAGUUGUGGCGGUGCGACAUGUGCUGGAAAUGCAACUCAAGUCCAACUUUGUAAUGAUGUUUGCUGUCCACUUGAUUGUGAAUGGACUGAAUGGACAGGCUGGGAGAGGUGUUCCACAACUUGUGGUGGAGGUACACAGAGUCGUAAACGUGAAGUGGCAACUCAGGCAUUUUGUCAAGGACUGCCAUGUACAGGAGCCACCAAUGAAACUAGAGAAUGUAGUCUGAACUGUUGUCCAGUUGAUUGUGUCAUGAGUGAGUGGUCUGUAUGGGGAAGUUGUUCAGCUACAUGUGGACCUCAUGGCUACAAAACUAGGACAAGAAACAUAACAAGGGAAUCCCAGUGUGGUGGGCAAACAUGUAGCAAUGACUUGAUUCAAACCUCAACUUGCAACAGGGAAUGUUUAAACGGUGGAAAUGUAACAGCAACUGAAUGCUUCUGUAAGGCAGGGUGGGCAGGCGCAUGUUGUGAAACAGAUGUUAAAGAAUGCCAAGCCAAUCUACAUAACUGUGAUGUACAUGCUGACUGUAUCAACACAUUUGGGGGAUUUCAUUGCAUUUGUAAAGAAGGUUACACUGGAGAUGGAAUAACAUGUUUAAAUAUCAAUGAAUGCAAUGCAAGUACAACAUGCCAUACAAGAGCGACAUGUACAGACAACCAAGGAAGUUACACAUGUGCAUGUGAUGAUGGAUAUACUGGUGAUGGUCAAUCAUGCAAUGAUACUGAUGAAUGUUCUGAAGCACAGGAUGACUGUGAUAUAUCAGCUACUUGCCAAAACACUGAAGGUUCAUACACUUGCAUUUGUAAUGCAGGGUAUACAGGAAAUGGCACCUUAUGCCAAAAUUUAAACGAGUGUGAUUUUGAUAUGAAUGACUGUGACCAAAAUGCUGAUUGUGUUGACAGACCUGGAAGUUUUACUUGUAUUUGCAUUGAUGGUUACUCUGGCAAUGGAACUGUUUGUACCGAUAUAAAUGAAUGUGAAGCAAGUCCCUCACCAUGCCACAGUAAAGCUACUUGCACAAACACUGAUGGAAGAUAUCGAUGUGAUUGCAAUGAUGGGUUUACAGGAAAUGGGAGACAUUGUAGCGAUAUAAACGAGUGCAUUGAAACUGAAGGAUCAGCCCCAUUAUGUCCUAACCACUCCAGCUGCAUCAAUACACAUGGUUCAUAUCAUUGUGACUGUGAUUCUGGGUUUAAAGCAGACAUGCUGGGACAAUGUAAUGAUAUUGACGAAUGUUUACAAGGAGCACAAAAUGUCUCAGUUUGCCGCUUCAACGAGUAUUGCGUUAACAGUGUUGGAAGUUACAGUUGUUUAUGCGAAACAGGGUAUGAAAGAAAUGGUGAAACAGAUUGUACAGAUAUUGAUGAAUGUGCAUUGGGAAACCAAUGCCGAAACAAUUCCUAUUGUAAAAACACAAUUGGAAGCUAUGCAUGCCUGUGUGAUACUGGAUACACUAAAUCAUCAAAUGGAACAUGUCAGGACAUCAAUGAAUGCUUGCUACCAAACCAUGGUUGCCAUUCCAAAGCAACCUGCUAUAACUUAGAUGGGGAAUAUGUUUGUGAGUGUAAUGGUGGUUACAAGGGAAAUGGUACAUACUGCCAAAAUAUAGAUGAAUGUUUAGAGAACACAACUGACUGCCAUAGAGACGCAACUUGUAGAGAUACUGAAGGUUUCUACAAUUGUAUUUGUGAAAAAGGCUACACUGGAGAUGGCUUUGACUGUACAGAUAUAAACGAAUGCGAAGACCCCAGCAACAGCUGCCCUGCCGUAGGAUCCGAAUGCACCAACCUACCAGGAAGUUACUCUUGCGCUUGUAAACAAGGAUACUCUUGGGACCGAAGCCAAUGUUCAGACAUCAACGAAUGUGAGCUUGGAAUCCAUAACUGUCAAGGAAAAUAUGUAACAGGAUGCAAAAACCUCAUAGGGAGUUUUACUUGUACUUGCACAGCCUCUCUCGAGUUCAACGGAAACAAAUGCGCUGAAGAAUUACCGCCAGCACCGACAGGCCAGUUUAAUGCAGCCAUUGGGACUAAUUCACAAACCAAAGCACCAAGUACUUCAACAAUGCUUGUUCUCUUCGCCACAGUCGGGGCGGUUGUGUUCUUCAUGGCUAUUUUUAUCGCUAUAAGGAUGUACAAGAUACGGAAGAAGAAGCAGUAUACGCUACAAACUGAAGGAGCUUUGAACCCAAUGGCUAUCAAUGGUGAAAUAAACGACGACAAUUUGUAAAAGGACCCGGACAACCCGACGUUAUUAUAAAUGUAUUUUAACACAAGGUUUAGCAGCUUUGCUUUUUGACACUUUUUCUCAAGUAUAGUUUUUACGACUGUCGUUUUGUUGCUAAUUCUCUUCUCUUCAUUGUUGCAAAUAAUUUGAUCUUCUCUAUACUGUAUUAGUGUAUUAGAAGCUUAAUGAGAUUAAUAUGUUCGCUGUGUAUCAUCUGUGCAUCAUCGAACUUUAAUGUAAAUACAUUACCCUAAGCUC